AUGUCGUAUCCUAGAACGGUUUUGGUGCCCCUUUGUAGAAUUAAAGGUUGUGGGACCCUGUUGACCCAAAUUCGGAAUUCAUGUUUGGAACGCUUGCAGAUUCAUAUGAGCCUAUGCUUAUAUAUUUCCCUUUCUGCUUACAAACUCACCAAAGCAAGGACGCCCAUCAGGUUUGAAAAGAUGGAGAAACAAAUGCGUCUUGCUGUUGGAAUUAUGGGAAACUGUACUUCACUUCUUAUGUAUAUGUCACCAGUGAUUACAUUUGUGAAGGUGAUAAGAGAAAAAUCAGUGGGGCACUACUCUUGCACCCCAUAUGUGAUUGCUCUCUUCAACUGUUUUACUUACACUUGGUAUGGCAUGCCUGUGGUAAGUAAAGGGUGGGAAAACAUUCUGCUCUCUACUGUCAAUGGCGCUGGCAUUAUUCCAGAAUGCUUUUUUAUUUGCACAUACCUACUCCUUGCUCCUCCCAAGGCCAAGCUCGAAGUGGUGAGGAUGGUUGCAACUGUGGUGGUGGUGUUCACAGUAAUGGCAAUGGUCUCUACUUUUGGUCUUCAUGAACAUAAGACUCGCAAGUUCUUUGUCGGCAUUGUGGGAAUCAUAACAUCCAUUGCACUCUAUGCUUCUCCACUUCUCAUUAUGAAGCUGGUGAUUACAACAAAAAGUGUGGAGUUCAUGCCGUUCUACUUGUCAUUCUUUGGCUUUCUUAACAGUACUUUGUGGAUGACCUACGGUGUCUUAAGCAAAGACGUCUUAAUUGCUGCUCCAAAUGUGAUAGGUUGUCUUUUGGGAAUCGCUCAACUUGUAUUGUAUUGCAUUUAUAGAAACAAGGAAAUGAUGCGUAGUUCAGAGAAGGACUUAAUGAAUAUGAAGAAUGCAGAGGCAGGAAUAAAAAAUGGAGAGGACAUGGAGGUGGAUGGAACUACAUUAUCAUAA